AUGGACGUAUAUAUCCGGAUCACGGGCCUAUACUCGGGAAAGACGCGCGGAGUAAAGGCACUGCUUGAUAGUGGCUGCAGUACCUGCUGCAUUGAUACCGACUACGCACGGGCAGAGAAGUUGGAUAUCCAAGAGCUUCCACAACCCAUCGUGGCUUGUAACACCAACAACACCGAGAACAUCAGCGGUCGGAUCACGCAUUACAUUGACCUAAGGAUGAGAAUCCUUGGGAAAAGCCCAGAUCUUCAUUGGUCUUGA